GGCCAUGAUGGGAGCCUGAGAGUUCAGCUGGAGCUAGAGGAGCGAGAAAAGAAGAUGAUUUCCCGGGACGGAACUGUCAAAUCAGCUUGUACACAUUUCUGAACUUUGUAUAGUCUCUAUACAUCGAAGGUGGAGCCUGUCACUUUUUUUCAGAUGUGUUCCUGGCAAUCAGUCGAUGACAAUGUUAAAUCGUUAGGGGGCAUUUGGAUCGAAAAAGGAGGUAGCAUUAGCUAUUGUUGCUAGCUAGCUGUGCUAGCUAGCUAGUUAGCUAGCGAGCUAGCUACGUCUUAGUGACUGGAUACGGGUUUAGAGAACCGGUGAGUUCUCUGUCUUCUUGCUGUCAAUCGCGGCAGCUGCCAUUGAGCCUUCAGCUUGGACAUUUCACGGCAUUCUGAAGUAUUUUCUUCUGAGGACACCUGCAUGUAUUUUAUCCGGGGGUGUUUGCAAAACGAAUUGCAGGAUUGGGAAAGUCGGGCCUCCGCGGAGGAGCAGAGCAAGGCCCGUCUUUAUGAUCCAGAGGAAGCCUUUCUAAUCCUACCGACAGCCACCGCUACUGCUGGCUAGCACUUCUCUGUCAGGACCUGGAAAAUUCAGCCGUGAGCCACCGAGAGCAGACCCAGUGACUGCGACAUAAUCGGCCAAACCGCCAAUACUAGAUUACCCCAUAUAGACUCCUGUCACCUGCUACAAUGUCGUCGAUUAUAAAAGAAAUGGUCAGUCGGAACAAAAGGAGAUACCAAGAGGAUGGUUUCGACCUGGACUUAACAUAUAUUUACCCAAAUAUCAUUGCAAUGGGCUUUCCAGCAGAGAGACUUGAAGGCGUGUACAGAAACAAUAUAGAUGAUGUAGUACGGUUUUUGGAUUCAAAGCAUAAAAACCACUACAAAAUCUACAACCUCUGUGCAGAAAGACACUACGAUACUGCCAAAUUUAACUGCAGAGUUGCACAGUACCCCUUCGAAGACCAUAACCCUCCUCAGCUGGAGCUAAUUAAGCCGUUUUGUGAAGACCUGGACCAGUGGCUCAGUGAGGAUGACAAUCACGUGGCGGCCAUCCACUGUAAGGCCGGGAAGGGCCGCACCGGAGUCAUGAUCUGCGCGUAUCUCCUCCAUCGUGGGAAAUUCCAGGAGGCCCAAGAAGCACUUGACUUUUAUGGGGAGGUCAGGACAAGGGACAAGAAGGGAGUAACGAUCCCGAGCCAGCGUCGCUACGUCUACUACUACAGCUACCUACUGAAGCACCAGCUGGAGUACAAGCCGGUGGCAUUGCUCUUCCACAAAAUGGUGUUCGAGACUCUCCCUAUGUUCAGCGGGGGCACCUGCAGGGACAGUACCAUUAAAAACAGGAGCGAGCCGACCCCUCAGGGCUUCAAGAAAGGGAAUUGGCAUUGGGAUCCCCAGUUUGUGGUGUACCAGCUGAAAGUGAAGAUUCACACAUCGAACCCCGCUCACACACGGCGCGAGGACAAGCAUAUGUUUUUUGAAUUUCCCCAGCCGCUCCCAGUCUGCGGAGACAUCAAAGUGGAGUUCUUCCAUAAACAGAAUAAGAUGUUGAAGAAGGACAAAAUGUUUCAUUUUUGGGUGAACACUUUCUUCAUCCCUGGACCAGAGGAGAGUGGGGACAAGAUGGAGAACGGGGCAGUUAACAGUUUAGAGAGCCAGCAGGGGCCACCAGGGCAGGGUCUUCCGGGACAGGGACCUGGACCAGGCCGACCGGGACAGGGCCAACUGCAAAGUGCCGAGUGCAAGGACAACUGGAGAGAAAACUACAGGGAGGAGAAGAAGGAAAGCAGCAAAGAAAGCGACAGGGACAAGGACUAUCUCAUCCUGACACUUAAUAAGAACGACUUGGACAAGGCCAACAAAGACAAAGCUAACCGCUACUUCUCACCAAACUUCAAAGUGAAGUUGUACUUUACGAAAACCGUGGAGGAGCCGAACUCCGAGGCUAGUACUUCAACAUCAGUCACCCCCGACGUUAGCGACAAUGAGCCAGACCAUUAUCGAUACUCUGACACCACUGACUCAGAUCCGGAAAAUGAACCUUUUGAUGAAGAGCAGCACACACAAAUCACAAAAGUGUGAACUCUUUUUAAACAGGAAAAAGGAAGAAAUUAUACAGCAGAAAAAAAGGAGAAAACUUGAAUAUAAACUCAAAAGAAGAACCUUUGUCCCUUCCCUCCCCCAGACGGCAAUAGAAUAUCAUCAUGUCAAAUGCCAAUUUUAGGGGGAAAAAAAGAUGAAAUAUCCUGACCAAUAUAUUGUUUUGUUUUGUUUUUUUCUCUCUCUGGCACGACCAUGAACCAUGUGCGAGGUAUUGACACUGUUGCCCCAUGGGAAAAGGUGCUGUAGCUAUAAAACUGUGUUUAUAUAUAUAUACAUACAUAUAUGUAUAUACAUAUAUACAUGCAUAUAUAACAAACUUUUUUGUGUCAAAGACAAUGGAAAGAGUACCACAAUCAGGAGAUGGGAGUUGAAGUGUGGGAGAAGCUAGAAUGAUAUACGAGGACUAUGCUGCUCUUCUCCUGUCUAAACCAAGGCCAGUGCUGCAGUCACUUUGUUUCACUCCCUCUCUUCUCCUCUCAUCUUUUACUCUCCCCCACCCUCCAUCCUCUCCUCCUUCCUAUAUUCCUUUACUGUGAAUGCUUCUUGUGCUCUUUGCAGGCUGUCUCACGUGACUUUUGGCCUUUGUGCAGUGCAAACUGCAUGCGGGCAGUGGGUUGGGGGUGGGCGGGGGUUAUAAAGAGGCUGUGAUGAUGUCUAAAGCAUUGCCAUUCCUGUUCCCACUGUGUAUAUGUUAAAUUAUGCAGAACAAGGCAUCCCAUGUAAUUGUUAAUGUUUUUUUUAUCCUAAGAUAAUAAAAAUAUAAUACACAAAACA